AUGACUUCUUUAUUUCAAGGGUUGAAGGGAAUUAUGUAUUAUUUAGUUGAUGUUUUAAUAUCAGGUAGAACCGAAGAAGAACAUAAUGCUAGAUUAGUUAAGGUGUUAGAUAUAAUAUUAGAGAAUGGUUUAAAAGCUAAUAUGAAGAAAAGCGUCGGAGUAAGAGAAAUAAAGUACUUAGGACAUUUUAUAAAGGGAAACGUAAUUACUCCGAUGGCCAAAAAUAUAGACAAGAUAGUAAACAUGAGAGCGCCAGAUAAUAAGUCUGAAUUACAGUCAUUUUUAGGAGCUACAAAUUAUUACCAUCGUUUUAUUCAAGAUUUUGCGGAAAUUGCUACACCAUUAUAUAGUCUAUUAAAGAAAAUAAAAGGUUCGAGUGGGGAACAGCACAGGAAGAAAGUUUAA